CAGCGGACUUCACUCGGUCCCUCCGCUGCGCCUGGAGCUUCAAAGCAAAGACCCGCUAACCCAUGCGGGGAUUAGAUUACUACCAACACUAGUGGGGUUUUGGUCAGCCUACAGUUCUUCUCAGCAGACGGGUAAUUUCGUUUAGGAAAGAAGGCGAAAGGGAGAGAAAGGGCGAAGGAAUUAAAACCGUUUCUUCUGCUGUCGGUUGAGGAGAGUAGAUGAGUCAAUGGCCGGAGCUCAGCCAGGAGUUCACGCGCUGCAGCUCAAGCCCGUGUUUGUGAGCGAGAGCCUGAGAAAUGGCAACAAAUUUAUGAAAUGGGAUGAUGACUCUACUACGGUGACCCCUGUGACCUUACGAGUCGACCCCCAGGGAUACUUCCUGUACUGGACUGACCAGAACAAGGACACUGAUCUCCUGGACAUUGCCUACAUCAAGGACGCCAGGAAUGGAAAAUGCACAAAAACGCCAAAGGACAUGAAGCUGCGAGAGCUUCUGGACGUGAGCACCCUGGUGGGGAAGAUGGAGAACAGGAUGCUGACGGUGGUGAGCGGACCAGACAUGGUCAACAUCACAUAUCUCAACUUCAUGGCCUUCCAGGAGGACAUCGCCAAGGAGUGGGCAGAAGAGUUGUUUGGCCUGGCAUCUAACCUACUGGCCCAGAACAUGUCCAGAGAAGCAUGCCUGGAGAAAGCAUACACACGACUGAAGCUACAGCUCAACUCUGAGGGAUGCAUCCCUGUCAAGAAUAUCUUCAGGAUGUUCUCAGCAGACAGGAAACGAGUAGAGACAGCUCUGGAGAACUGCAACCUCCCUUCUGGGCGGAGUGAUUGUAUCCCACAAGAAGACUUCACUCCAGAGCUCUACAAAGUAUUCCUCACCAACAUCUGUCCUCGACCAGAAAUAGACAAUAUCUUCUCUGAAAUUGGAGCUAAAAGCAAACCCUACCUGACAGUGGAGCAGCUGACUGACUUUAUAAACGUCCGACAGAGAGACCCUCGUCUCAACGAGAUCCUCUACCCUCCUCUCAAACCUGAACAGGUUCAGAGCCUGCUGGACAAGUAUGAACUCAAUGAAAUGCUGGCGCAGAAAGGUCAGAUCUCGGUAGACGGCUUUGCCAAGUACCUGAGUAGUGAAGAAAACAGCAUUAUCCCCCCAGAGAAGCUGGACCAGAGUGAAGACAUGACCCUACCACUGCCUCAUUACUUCAUCAACUCCUCCCACAACACAUACCUCACAGCGGGUCAGCUGGCAGGUAACUCGUCGGUAGAGAUGUAUCGACAGGUCCUCCUGUCAGGUUGUCGCUGUAUCGAGCUGGACUGCUGGAAGGGACGCACCACUGAAGAAGAACCUGUCAUCACACAUGGAUUCACCAUGACAACUGAAAUCUCCUUCAAGGAAGUGAUUGAGGCCAUAGCAGAGUGUGCCUUCAAGACCUCCCCUUUCCCUGUCAUCCUUUCCUUUGAGAACCACGUGGACUCGCCCAAGCAGCAGGCCAAGAUGGCGGAGUACUGCAGGUCAAUAUUUGGAGACAUGUUACUGACCGACCCUCUGGAGAAGUACCCUUUGGAGACAGGGGUGCCCCUGCCCAGUCCAAUGGAUCUGAUGGGAAAGAUUCUGGUGAAGAACAAGAAGAAACACAUCAAGACAUCGAGUACCAAGAAGAAACUGUCAGAACAGGCCUCCAAUACCUACAGCGACUCAUCUAGUGUGCAUGAGCCCUCUUCUCCCAGCGCAGGGUCGACCAACCUGGAGAUGACCGAGUCCUCCCAGCCAAUAGAAGUCGCUGGGCUCAGCCUCAGAUCACAGGGAAGGAAGUCCAUUGGUGAAGUUGAGGCAGAGAGUGACGAUGAGGAUGAUGAUGACGAUGACUGUAAAAAGGGGUCCAUGGAUGAGGGUACAGCGGGCAGUGAGGCAUUUGCCACAGAAGAGAUGUCCAACCUGGUCAGUUAUGUCCAGCCAGUCAAAUUUAACUCCUUCGAGGCCUCCAAAAAGAUCAAUCGGAGCUAUCAGAUGUCAUCGUUUGUGGAGACCAAAGCCUUGGAGCAGCUCACUAAGUCACCUGUGGAGUUUGUUGAGUAUAACAAGCUGCAGCUGAGUCGUAUCUACCCUAAAGGCACCAGAGUAGACUCCUCCAACUAUAACCCUCAGCUCUUCUGGAAUGCAGGCUGUCAACUGGUGGCCCUGAACUUCCAGACCAUAGACCUGUCCAUGAUGUUGAACCUGGGUAUGUAUGAGUACAAUGGAAAGUGUGGUUACAGGCUGAAACCAGAGUUCAUGAGGCGACCAGACAAACACUUUGAUCCCUUCGCUGAGAGCACUGUGGACGGCAUCGUAGCCAACACAUUGUCUGUUAAGAUCAUCUCAGGCCAGUUCCUGACUGAUAAGAAGGUGGGGACAUAUGUGGAGAUAGACAUGUUUGGUCUGCCAGUGGACACCAGAAGGAAGGGUUUUAAGACCAAGACGUCUCAGGGCAACGCUGUCAACCCUGUCUGGGAGGAGGAGGCCUUUGUCCUCAAGAAGGUGGUACUGCCCACUCUGGCCUCGAUGAGGAUAUCUGUGUUUGAAGAUGGAGGGAAGUUCAUUGGCCAUCGCAUCAUUCCUGUGAAUGCCAUCCGCCCAGGUUAUCACUACAUUGGUCUGAGGAAUGAGAAGAACCAGGCUCUGACCCUCCCUGCUCUGUUUGUCUAUGUAGAGGUCAAGGACUAUGUCCCUGAUACAUUUGCAGAUGUCAUCGAGGCAUUGUCCAAUCCCAUCCGUUACGUCAACCUGAUGGAGCAGAGAGCCAAUCAACUGGCAGCUCUCACUUUGGAGGAGGGGGCAGAGGAGGAGGACAGCAGAGAGGUGGAGGCGGCUGGUGAUGACCCAAUGGAGCCUGACCCCCGGGUGACCUUGCCAGCAGAGAACGGGGUCAGCCACGUCCCCAUCAUCUCCUCCAAACCCCCCAGCCUGGUCAGCCACCAGCCACAGCCCACAGGUUCAGUGAAAAUUGCAGUGAAGACUGAGGACGUCAUUCAGAGUGUUCUCACAGAUAUGGAGGCCCAGACAGUAGAGGAGUUGAAGCAGCAGAAGGGCUUUGUGAGGGAGCAGAGGAAGCAGUAUAAAGAGAUGAAGGAGUUGAUAAGGAAACACCACCGUAAGACCAGCGAGCUGAUCAAGGAGCACACGGCCAGGGCUGCAGAGCUGCAGAACCAGCACCAGCGCAGGACCUCCGCGCUGCAGAAGAGCCACAAACGUGAUGGUAAGAAAAGGCGCACCAAGCAUUCCCUGUCGACCCUGGAGCAGGAGCUGUGUGUGUUGGACCAGGAGUCCAGUCAGAGACUGUCUGAGCUGAAGGAGAAGCAGCAACAACAGCUACUCACACUGAGACAGGAGCAGUAUUACAGUGAGAAGUACCAGAAGAAAGAACACAACAAAAUGCUGUUGGAGAAGUUGACAGCCAUAGCUGAGGAGUGUCAGAGUGCCCAGCUGAAGAAGAUCAGAGACAUCUGUGACAAGGAAAAGAAAGACGUGAAGAAGAAGAUGGACAAGAAAAGACAGGAGAAGAUUAAUGAAGCAAAGGCCAACAACAAGAACGUGACAGAGGAAGAGAAGCUGGAAAUCAACAGGUCAUUUGUCAAUGAGGUGGUGCAGUAUAUCAAACGGUUGGAGGAUGCUCAGAGUAAGAGAAUGGAGAGACUACUUGAGAAGCACAAGGACAUCAGACAACAGAUUGUGGAUGAGAAACCUAAGCUACAGAGUGAGCUGGACCAGGAGUACCAGGACAAGUUCAGACGGUUGCCUCUAGAGAUCCAGGAGUUCGUCCAUUACAGCAACAAGGCCAAGCUUAGCGACGACAGUCCCCAUGGCAACCUGUCUGUCUCCUCGACGACUGAGAGGCUCAACCACAAGUCACAGUCGGAGGACGAUACAGAAGACUCGUCGGAAAGAGUGUUUGACACGCCCCUUUAGGACAAAUCUGAAAUGCCACCCUAUUCCCUACUGUCUACAGUGUACCACUCUCAUAUAAGAGUAGUGCACUAUAGGCUGCCAUUUCAUACACAUCCAGAGUGUGAUAUUAGAGUAGUGCACUAUAGGCUACCAUUUCAGACACAUCCAGAGUGUGAUAUUAGAGUAGUGCACUAUAGGCUACCAUUUCAGACACAUCCAGAGUGUGAUAUUAGAGUAGUGCACUAUAGGCUACCAUUUCAGACACAUCCAGAGUGUGAUAUUAGAGUAGUGCACUAUAGGCUACCAUUUCAGACACAUCCAGGGUCUUUGAGACACCCCGUUAGAGACUAAACCCCUCCCUUUCCUCUGAUUGGACAGUUCUGGUUGGUCGUUCUGGCUCAAGGUGGAAAUUUCCACUCUAAGCACAGAUCUAGGAACAGAUUACCCUGCGCUCAAGCCUAACUUUAACCAGUAGGGGUUCAAACUGACCCUGGACCAGUAGUAGGGAGUACCUACUCUGUAGUUCUAUUCAGAUAUGUAAAUACUUGUUUUGUAUUUGUGUUUUGUUGUUUUCCCCUGAAGCGGUGUGGAUAUUUCGGUACAGGAUAUGGGUAUUUUUGACUAGGCACUAACUAUGCGCAGAAACAAAGUUACUUACUUGAACUAUUGCACAGACAGAAUACUAUCUUUUUUUAUGUUUUUAGUGUGUUCCUAUUUUUUAAACAAGAAAAAGUAUUAAGUGUUAGAUUAGGUUCUCACAAUGUUGACCAAGUGCAGGUCGGUCAAUGGUGCCAAUGUUUUGAUUUCACUGUGCACUUAGAUGGUAAUUUAUAGUAUCAUUAUGACAUUGGCACUGCAAUGUGAAGUGUUUGCACUUCACAUUGUCCCAAGUAAAGUAAAGGCAUGGUAAAUUGAACUUCUUGUCCAAACACUGUGGACACAAUCUUUAUUUAAAAUGAAGAAUCCCUCCUCGUAUAUUUUGCACUGAAGGCUUUCUACAGAACUAACUCUUCUAUUCUCUUCUAACCCCCAAGCACUGAAGGCUUUCUACAGAACUAACUCUUCUAUUCUCUUCUAACCCCCAAGCACUGAAGGCUUUCUACAGAACUAACUCUUCUAUUCUCUUCUAACCCCCAAGCACUGAAGGCUUUCUACAGAACUAACUCUUCUAUUCUCUUCUAACCCCCAAGCACUGAAGGCUUUCUACAGAACUAACUCUUCUAUUCUCUUCUAACCCCCAAGCACUGAAGGCUUUCUACAGAACUAACUCUUCUAUUCUCUUCUAACCCCCAAGCACUGACUGCUUUCUGAUUUUAUUUGGUCCUUCCAGAAGUAGGCCUACUCUAUACUGUUUUUAUCCUGUUCUGACCUGGCCAAGAUGUACUUCUUUUCUAGAUUUCUUUUUUCAUUUAAAAAAUGUAGGUUAUAUAUUAUUAAAUUGUUUUUGGUUAAUCCUGCCAGGGAGGGGUGGAGGGUGGAGAGGGGUGAGGGGUGGAACGAGAGUGAUGAGGAUAAAGGGAUGGAAGAAAGAGUAAAUAUUGUUCUUUGCCAAUUGUACAUGUUAGCAGAAAAUACAUAUAACAUAAAUGUCAAAUCAACUCAAACUGAAAAUGCAAAAAUGUUACUAUGGAUGAGAUGACAUUGUUUGUACAGUACAAGUGAUAAACUACAGGUGUUGAUAUGAGAUGAAAAGCAACAUGACUAUAUCACUGCCCCUUACCAAUGACUGAAAUUGUAAACAUACACACAUACACACUUGACCCAUUAACAGAAGUUAAUGAUGAUGAUGUCCCAGUCCUUUCACCUGUUGGAGUGGUUACUACAUUACAUUUAGACCCUAGACACAGUUUUGUGAUCACAUGUCUACAGGCAUACAUGUCCCAACUGUUUAUUCAAUGGUUUUACUCCUUCUUUGGCAAGUAAUUACUGCCUACGACAGCUACCACAGGUAAAGUUUGCAACAUGGGAGUGGUAGAUUUGAAUUUCUAAAUCAAACCAUUAAAGGUAAUUUCAUGUCUGUGCAAAAUAUUGAGAUCACCACCCUUUACGGGAUCUUGAACACUAUUGGUCCAUACCUCUUUUGAUAUAAUAUAUAUAAUAUAUAUAAUAUAAUAUAUAUUAUUAUAUAUUAUAUUAUAUAUUAUGAUAUGUGAUGUCAUACUGAACUAAACUGUCAAUCAAAGACCCAUAUGAUGUUUUUUAGUUUCCAAUCUGUUCAGUACCAUACAUACACCACAUGUAUCAUGUCUGAUAUUGGAAAACUUAUUUCAAUUGAUUAAAAGUCCAAUGCAGCCGUUUUUAUCUCAAUAUCAAAUAAAUUAUGGGUAACAAUUAAAUAGCUAACUGUAAUUGUUUUCAAUAAAAAAUUGUCAACAAGAAACAAAAAUGUAUUAUUAGCAAAAGUAAUUUCUCAAGCAAGAAUUUUGCUAGGACCUUCUGGGAGUGGGAAGGGGAAAACUGACAAGCUGUUAUUGGCAGAGAGUUUUGGAACUCUUUCUUAUUGGUCUAUUAACAAAUUUAACACCUGGUGAUGUCACCAGGCAGACCAAAACUCCAUCCCACUAAAAACGGCUCUUUAGUGCUGAGCAAUAAACCAAGAUUUUAUUUUUGGUUAUUAAACAACUGAUUGACCAACGUGGUUUCAAUUGCUUGAUUUGUAUUUAGUAAAUUAUUUUGUGAACCCAACGUGCCGUUUCUCUAGAGAGAAACCUGAGAAAUCAAGUCAAGAGCUAUGUGGGACGUUGGGCUGAAGGGAGUUGUAGUUUUCAUUAAGCAAAUAUUCGACCUAGUUCAGCGCAGAAAUGUGGUAAUUAACUACAAUAACCACAAUCUAUUGCGCCAGUUUGCCCGGCUCGAGACGGAUCAGAGGAAGGGGCGAAGCGAGAGGUUUCACUCACCAAAAUCUGUCCAAAAUAAACCCAAUGCGUUUCGAUGGGAUUAUUUUGGAUUUGUAUAAAUAAAGGUUCAUAUUUUUAUUUUUAAAACAUUUACAUUUAAGUCAUUUAGCAGACGCUCUUAUCCAGAGCGACUUACAAAAAGCUUGUUGCCUGCCUUCCCGCCUUUGGGACAACGACUCCCAUUGUUUGGGCAUAGACAUGAGCAUCUCGUCAUUGUAUACAGAUCUCUGAACGGAUACACUUUUACGCCUGCUAUGUUAGAUUAGAUACACACAGAACGCAUAAAACCGCAUGAGAGAGGAAUGUGCAUAACAUAACAACGAGAGGGUCAGGGACAGUUUGUGAAAGUAUAGCUUACUUUUAAGAACUAAUAAAAUGAUUUUGUCAGACAGCUCUGCAGCAUACUAUACUUAGGCAGGCUAGCUAAAUAGGAUGACUACAGACAGUACAGUAUGGGGAGCACAUAACGUUAGAUGGCCUGGCUGGCUGACUGCUACUGCCUGAACUGAGAUGAUUACUUUAAGGAAUGAAAAAUAAUAAAGUCAUUCAAAUAAAAAACUAAGUAAUAUACACAACUGAAUAUUUUAUUAUGUCAUAGUAAUUUCCUAUUAUUCUGAUGUUUGAUGUGGAUCUGACAGAGACAAUGGAAUAUGUUCAAUGCUUUGGCAAUUGAAUGUUCACUAUUUUUGGUUUUAGAAUUUCCAUUAAAAAGCUCUAAGUCAUUAUUUCAUAAUACAUUUCAUGUUUUAAAAAAUAAUGGAAACCGAAAUCAAAAACCGUGAUAAUUUUUUUAUAAUGGAAACCGAACCAACCUCAAAAAGCACUAAUCACUCAGCACUACAGCUGUUUCACUAAAAGGGCAUUACCAUCAUUUUCACAAUUUCACAGUAUUAUUCCAACCUCAUAGUGUGGAAAUAUAAAUAAAAGACAGAAAGAUGUAGUUUUUGACUGCACUGGGCCUUGAAUCAUGUUAAAGUGAAGAAUCACAUUAUAAAGUGUCAACAAGUACAACUUGGUUUCUAUAGAGAAGAUUGUUAUUGAUGUGGGAGUCCUGUGCCUUUUGAAUUGGUUAGCCAUGUUUCAUUGUUGAAUAUGUGAAAUGCAUCAUUGUGUAAAUUGCCAUUGUAUUAUACAAAGCUGUCUGUUAUUGAAUAGACUGUGUGCACUUUUAGUACAGUAACACUACUGAGUAAAAAAACACUUGUGAUAAAUGAACAGUAUUUUGAGAAUUAUCUCCUAAAAAAGACAACAAUGCUAGACAUGUAUUUGUAUUUUGUCGUGAACCACUUUAACAGUUUUUGUUCAUCAACUUGUGUUUGCAUUUUGUUGUAAAUGUGUGUCUGAUGUAAAGGCAAAACAUUGAAACGAAGAUGAUGGGGAUGAUGAUGGUGGUGAUGAUGAUGGUGGUGUUGAUGAUGGUGAUGGUGAUGAUCGUAGUAGAGUAGUGUAAAGGUAAUCUGCUUGUAAUUAAUAAAUGUGGCUAUAAUUGUACAUUGCUAAAGUGAGCACUUUUUUUGUGUUGAUUUGUAGUUGCUAUGAUAGAUGUUAUUUCCUCCAAUGCAGUUUCACUUCCUCCACUUUCCCUGUCCCCUUACUGUGCUCAAAUCAGUGGUCCUCUGAUUGCAAACACAAGUGACUACCUGCUUGACAACGUGCAAACCAGUUGCGCCUCUGAAAAUAAUCUGAUUCAAGUGGCGCUAUUGGUGACAUUUCACGCUGUGGGGUGAGUUUACCCGGUAUGAUCUGCCUCUGUUACACAGAGUUAUUCACAUCCAGCCCACAGUCCUGGAUUAUGGUGGGGUAUGGGAUGUAUUUUUUAAUGGUUUCUAUGCAAUACUGUGAUGAUGAGGACUCGUGUGCCUCUUCACAUUUGAUAAAAUAAUCAUGUGUUCACGACAAAGGCCUUACUCUUCAUUUACAGAGGGGUGUUGAUUCAUAGUAAUCCUCAUAUUCAAUACAUCAAGUUUACAGGAAAAAGACAGGGACAACAGUAAACCUACUUCACUCAAUACACUGACGCAUAGCCGUUCAUUUAUUUGCAAAUGUUUUGUCAAAACCUUUUUGCCCGCGUUGGCACUGCAGACAGAUAUAACAGUCCACUAAUACAGGACUA